AUGUCUACAUCCCAACAGCACUCAGAAAAGUGGGUGUCAGAAGCGGACCACAGACACCAGAGAAAUUUCCUCGCAGCCCUCAACAAGCUGCUCCCGGUCCUCCCCAUCCCUACCAAAGCCCGUACCCCAGAUGCAGAAGAAAUGGUCCAGCAGAUCACUGAGCUUUAUCAAUACUCCUCUGCUUCGUUUUCUCUAAUUGAUCCAAUUGAGGAAAUCAUCCUCAAAAUAAACGACGCUCUUGCUCUCACCCGGUCUAUAUUUUACCAUUCCGCCAUCUUCGAAGAUCUUGACGCAUUUGGACCACACUUUGGUCUUCAACAUAGUACUUCUAUCGUCAUUGUUACGCCUUCUACCAAAGAUCAUAUUCAACGAGUUGUCACUGGAUUAGCUCAAUUUGAUCAGCUCAUCGCAACUGCACAAAGGAAAUUCUGUGACGGAGAAGACUACACAACCGAAAUUGACAAUAUCCGAUACAUUUCAGAAUAUGUUGAGAAGUAUUACUGGGUCUUAAAAAUUCUCACACUGUUCGUUGUUAAUCAGCAAUCAGACUACCCCAAACACUUCAUCGUUACUGUUAUCCAAAGCAACUUCUGGGCCAUUGUCAAUCACAGUCCACAAAGUUGUAUCUACUCGCAAUACUCGUACACCUACCAAGGUCGAAGACGAGAGACACCACUCAUCCCGUCAGUUGAGCAACUUUUUGCACCUUGCACGGAGCAAAUCGAAUUAGAAACGGGAAGUUCGUUGGAAGAUAUAAUUGGAAGCAAAUCAGACAAAGGGACAGAGUCGGAAGGUGAAGAGUCUACUGGAGGAAUAGAAUACUGGAGACCUCAGGAAGCAGAGGGAGGAGAUUUUCCCACUAACUUUGUAUUUGACCCAGACUUUAAUUAA